UGCCGCGACAACCAAAACAACGGCGCGGCCCGGCCCGGCCCGGCAGCCCUUGCGCCCGCGCCUUGCCGCCACCUUCCCCACUGUCGCCGCCGCCGUCCGGCGGGGCCCGCUCGGGGCGCGAGGGGGGAGCGGAGACACUCCCCCCAUACCCCGGUGGCGCCGCCGCCGCGAUGAAGCUCCGCGUGCGGCUGCAGAAGCGAACGGCGGCCCUGGAGCUGCCGGGGGCGGAGCCAACGCUGGGGGAGCUGCGCGCGCAGCUGCGCGCGGCCCUGCUGCCCGCCUGGGGGUACAGUUCUGAUACCAAGUUUUCAAUAACAUUGAACAGAAAAGAUGCUCUCACAGAGGAUCAGAAGACCUUAGCUUCGUACGGGAUUGUUUCUGGUGAUUUGAUAUGCUUACUUCUAGAAGAAGCAGAUGGGCAACCCAGCCUACCUCCUCCUCCUUCUGCUCCUACUUCUCCUCCUCCCCCACUUCAGAAUGGUCGUGAGCCGUCCACCUUGACCCCCAACAACAGUGAGGCAAACAGUCCAAAAGAAGAAGGGCAGAAUGAACAAUCUGACAACCAGAAAGCUCAGGGGGAAGUUCAAAAGAGUGAUGAGAGGGCAGGAUCCAGCUUAGAAUUUCCUUCUGGAUUAGUCCCAGAAGAUGUUGACCUGGAAGAAGGUACAGGCUCCUAUCCCUCGGAACCCAUGCUGUGCAGUGAAGCUGCUGAUGGUGAAAUACCCCAUUCCUUGGAGAUGCUCUACCUUUCUGCUGAGUGUACUAGUGCCACUGAUGCCUUGAUUGUUCUGGUUCAUCUGCUCAUGAUGGAGACAGGCUAUGUACCUCAGGGGACAGAAGCCAAGGCAGUCUCUAUGCCAGAGAAAUGGAGGGGGAAUGGUGUUUAUAAGCUACAGUACACACAUCCCCUUUGCGAGGAAGGUUCUGCUGGUUUGACUUGUGUGCCUCUGGGAGAUCUUGUUGCUAUUAAUGCAACAUUAAAAAUCAACAACGAGAUUAGAAGUGUUAAGAGGAUCCAGCUAUUGCCAGCAUCCUUUGUUUCCUUUCAGGACCCAGAGAAGGUUGCAGGUGUUUACAAAGACCUUCAGAAGUUAUCCCGUCUCUUUAAAGACCAGCUGGUUUACUCUCUCCUGGCUGCUGCCCGACAAGCUCUGAACUUGCCAGAUGUGUUUGGGUUAGUGGUCCUUCCUCUUGAGCUCAAGCUUCGGAUUUUCAGGCUUCUAGAUGUCCGUUCACUCAUCUCUCUCUCUGCUGUUUGCCGUGAUCUUUACACAGCUUCAAAUGACCAGCUUCUGUGGAGGUUUAUGUAUCUGCGGGAUUUCCGAGAUCCUAUUGCAAGGCCUCGUGAUACAGACUGGAAAGAACUAUACAAGAAAAAGUUGAAACAGAAGAAGGAGGCCCUGAGAUGGAGGCACAUGAUGUUUCUGCCCCCUAUACCUCAUCCAAUCCCCUUUCAUCCUAACCCAUUCUAUCCUAAUCCCUUUCCUCCCAACCCAUUCCCAUCAAACCCAAUCUAUCCCCCAAUGAUCAUUGGUGGAGAAUAUGAUGAGAGACCAACACUUCCGUAUGUUGGAGACCCAAUUAACUCACUCAUUCCUGGCCAGGGAGAAGCACCAGGUCAGUUUCCUCCAUUCAGACCACCCUUUGACCCUAUUGGUUCCUUGCCUGGAGCAAGCCCUACGCUUCCAGGACGAGCUGGUCCCAAUGACAGGUUUCCACCCAGACCCAGCCGGGGCCGCCCCAUGGACAUUCGCCGUGCGUUCAUUUGAUCGAGGCUUUUUCCUGCAGUGAGUUUUCUAGUCGCUGAGCUUGCUUCCUAACUGCAGGAGAUUGCAAAUCCCAGGCACUAACACCUGCCUUCUCUUCAGAUUGUGUCAAGAACAUGUGUGCAUGGUAGUGUUCCAGCCAAAAAGGCUGGGUUUGUUUUGUGCUCUGGUAGUGCUGUACCACCUGGCACUCAGGUCUGUUUCACAAAGAGCUACAACUUAGAGCAGUUUGUUCUCCUUCCCCUCCUCCUUGCCCUUAGUUGUCUGUGAAGUGCCACUUACAGACCAGAAGGAUACCGACCAAAUACUUGCUGCAUCAGAUAAAGAGCACUUUAAAUACAAA